GUGUAUAAUAAAUAAUUAUCUAAUUAGAUAAUGGAUAAAAACAAUCCAAACAUAAAAGAAUAUAUAUUAUCCUAAUUAGGAGAAGAUCCAACUGAAGAGGCAAUAAAAUAAGUUGCUGAAAAAACUUAAGUAUUACCAAUAUUGAUCAAAUAAUGGUUACACUUUUAUAAAAGGAAUAAUUAAUCAUAAAAUGUCAUAGAUUUAUAAUCACAAAAACUUGAAAGUGUUCCAAAAUUUAAUGGAAAAUUUGAUCAAUAUUAUGAUGUUGAAGAUCCUAAUUAUGAAAUAAAACAAAAGAAAUAAUUUAUAUCAGAUAAUCAUUAGAAAUUAACACCUUAAGAAGAUAAAACAAUAGAAAAAUAAUUGAAAGAAGUAGAGAAAGAAAUAAAAAAGAGAAAAAAAUUAUUGAAAACAGAUAAGAAAUAAACAGAUCCAUAUUUCAAUGAGCUUUAUGGAUCAGAUGAAUUAAAUUAAGAAUCCAAAAUCUAUGAUAAAUAGCAAUUUAACUUAAAAGAAUAAUAUAUUAAUGUUCCCAUUUAUUACAUGAUCAAAUUAGAAGAGAGUCUUAUGGAAUAAGCAAUUAAUAUCCAUUAAAAAAUAGUAAAAAUCAUAGAGGCAAAAUAUGAUUAUCUUAAUUUAUUAUGA